UUAAUUUCAAUAGAGCACCUGCCUGAAACAGAAUUACUCUGGGAGUACUGGCUGCGUUGUGCUUUUUGUCAGCAGCCUCUCCUGUGUUUCUCAGCAGCUUCAAUGCCAAUAGGCCUUGCAACUUUUAAAGCCCUUUUUGUUAUCUUUGAUCUCAGAAUUAACAUGGGAAGGCCUUUUGCUGAUUGCAAGGUUGAGAGCUGGAGAGCAAGACCUCUCAGCAGUCCCUCCCUAGUCCAGUCCUUGCCUUUCUCAGUCUUGUGAAAGCAUCACUUUUAGGCACAAAAUUAUGUUAGAAACAUUUCUAGAGGGAUCAAAGCCUACAGCAAAGUCAGGGAAGCUUCUUUACAGUAAAGACCAACAGCACAAAGCUUAACAGGUAUGACUUCCCAUACACUUGGAUAAGACCCUGGAGACCUAACACUAAAAAUCAGUGUUUGCAAAGUUCCAGCUAGGAGAAUUUUAAAUAGAGAUGAAGCAGUUGUUACUUAGAAUUCAUGAUUCUGAAUGACAGUUUCAAAAAGAAAGUUAAGGUUUCUUGUUUAGUCACUAAUAAUCCAGGAUUUCUGAAUGUUCUGUGGUUUUGCUUUUUGCUUUUGUUGUUGUUUUUUUGGUAAUAGUAAUAGGUCUGCUUUAAUUAGAAAGGCUGUAAUACAGAUUAAGGCAUUAAGCAAACUGGAAUCCUUCCAUCUCUCAGUUCUCAUUGAAAUUAUGAGAAUGCUGGGAGAACCAUUUAGAUAAUCAAAAUUCCAGAAUGUUGCAUUAUGUCAUGUGCAGUCAGGGCAGUAGGAUGAAUGCUCAAAACCCAAACUCAUGAACUUUGGGAACCUAGUGGGUGAUUUUCUUUCCGAAAAUAGUCUAUGACCUAGGUAGCAUAUCCUGGAAAUGUUUAGCUGAGUAGACUUGGUGAAGCUAAUGAUGUGGCUGAAGUUUUGAAAGAUGAGGACCUAGAGAAACAAUCUACACCCAAAAGAUAUCCAGACUGUUUUAUGGCAUACAGAUUCAGAUUUAUUCAUCCUUUAUUAGCAAUUAGGAUUAAAAACAGCAGAUGUUUUAUGCAGCACCAAAGUACAAGUUUAGAGGGAGACAGCCUGGGGAAGAGUUGACAGAAACCCAAAAGAACAGUAGGAAGAUCUGACUUGUUUUCUGUGGGGUUUCUUGAAAUAAAGUAAUCAUAACUUUGAUAACUUAAUGUAACUCAUAGCUUAAUGAGUGAUACCUCGUUCAUCUGCAAGAUAAACCAACUAUAUGAAAAGGGGCUGAAGAAAAAACACACAAUAUAUUUCUGUCCAGUGGGACAAAAUAUUAACGGAUAAAAAGAAUCAGGGGUUUUGCUUAAUGAAGACUUGAAGUUUUCAAAUCUCAAAUCUGAGGGUUUUCCACUCAGUAGCUUGAAUUUUGCUGUUUUACUAUGGUUAUUGAAUCAAGCAGAUUUUCAAUUCAGAUCCAGGGAAUGUUGUGAUCUCUCUGAAAGUAAGAGCAAGCUACAAGACUAAAGAUGUCAAAAUGCUAUUGCACACUGUAAUUGAUUUUUGUGUGUGUGCAAUUAGCUUAAGAUAUUAAUGGAAAAAGUAGGUAGUUGCAUCUAAUGAUUUUUUUUUUUUGAGUAAUCUGAACCAUCUGCCUCUAUAUAUUAAGGAGUUCUUUCUUUAAUCCAGAUUAUGGCUGACAAACUGGUUUUGGCAUUCACGUUUCACUAGCACUGUGCCCUUGAAGAGCUGAUGUGGCUGUAGAAACUCUCUUGCUUACAAACUGUUGUGUUUGAAAACCUAUUUCGUUUGGCUUUCUUGUAGUUGUUUUCUUACAGCUCUUUUUUUUUUUUUUUUUUUUUUUUUUUUCCUUUUCUUUUGAGAGGAUGGCCUUUCUAAUGAAAAGUAUGUUGAGCAACCAGGUAAAGAAUUUGGGACUUGGAGGUGGAGGGGAAGAAAGCAAAGAAGAAGGCACUCCUUCUGAUCCAGCAGCAGCUGCAGGAAUGACCAGAGAGGAGUAUGAGGAAUAUCAAAAGCAAAUGGUUGAGGAGAAGAUGGAAAGAGAUGCAGCAUUUGCACAGAAAAAAGCAGAGCGAGCCGUUCUAAGGGUUCACCUGAGAGAAAAGUACAGACUGCCCAAGAGCGAAUUGGAUGAGAAUCAAAUACAGAUGGCUGGAGAUGAUGUGGGGUUGCCAGAAGACCUUCAGAAGAUGGUGGCAGAAGAUCAGGAGGAGGAAGAGGACAAGGACUCUAUCCUAGGCCAGCUGCAGAACAUCCAGAAUAUGGACAUGGAUGCCAUCAAAGAAAAGGCACAAGCCACCUUCACUGAGAUGAAACAGGCAGCUGAGCAGAAAUGUUCUGUGAUGUAGAAGAGCCACCACUGCCCAAGGGCUGUAACUUCAGUCUUGUGUUGCUGGGGCUGCAGAGGGAGAGCAGGCAGAGGGAUGCACAUAGCUUUGUAGCAUUCAGUGUAAAUAUAGAAAAGUGAUGAGAGAGAGACUUAAAACCCUGAGGGGAGAGUAAAAAUUUACCUGCUGGGACUGCCUAGAAGAAGUUAGAACUGAUCCUCAGUUUUGAACAACUUUUUCCCCCAUGGAAAAAAUGUCUUUAAAGAAGUUGAUAUAGGGGGGAAAAUGUGCCUUUUUCCAUUUUUUCCAUGUGAUUGAGAUGCUAUUAAAUGUGUCUGUUUGAACAAAAUUGUACUUCUGAUACAUCACACAGAGGUAAUCGCUCAUUUAAUCCUAAUUUCAGAAAUAAACAUGUAUGUUUCUUAUAAAAAUAUGUCUGUUUCAAACAUCUUGAGGCAAACACAGUAUUCAGAUAUUCACAUUUUCUGCAAAACCUUGAUUUUUUAAAAUCAUCUCUGUACUAAGUAUAGCAAAAGGCAGAAAGUGAAGCAUAUAACUCAACAGCUUGGGUCAAAAAUGUCAUAUACACUGAGUGGAGACUUGUAGGAAAGUAAGGCUUGGUGGCUCUGGAACAGUGCAGGCUUCUCCAGUCUGCUUUUAUUUCCUAGCCUCUCAAAAACACUUCAAACAUCAAGGGACAGCAGUGACCCUCUGCUUCUCUGCUCUGUGUGCCAAAUUCUGGGGCUUGGGGUACCACCACAAGGCUAAAACCAGCUCCCCAUGCUGAUUCUGGAAGUUGUCUCCAUCGAAGGCUAAACGUGGAAGGUUAUGCCAGGGUAGGGCACCUAAAUCUGAGGAAAGGCAUAGCUCACACUAAUGUUAAAUCUGCCUGUGUUUAUGGGACAAUGCAGGCUGCUACUCCCAAGGGAUUCUAUAAAAUUAAUGGCUUUGUAAGUUCUCCAAGAGCUAGCCUGGGAAAUAAAUUUGGAAAUUAAUACAUGUGGCACCUUCCUACAGGU